AUAUUUAUAUCCCUUUUAACACUUACUUCCAAAGCUUCUUUUAUCCAUUGUUUCUCUUGUUUAUUCAGUAAAAAAAAAACAGCAUAAACUACCUUCCCCAAAGAAGAAACUUUAGAUUUCCAAAAGUCUAAUCCAAACUUCUUUUCCUGAUUUAUAUAGAAUCAUAGUACUUGAUCAGUUUGCAUCCUUCAUUUCUUCUUUUUCUUCCCAAAGGUACAAUCUUUCUACUGUUUUUCACUGCCAAACACUCCCUUAAAAUUUUGGGUUGUCCAAAUCAUCCUAACUUCAAGUACGAUAAUAUGUACUUACAACAACAACAACUACGCCGUUGGGAGUACUUACAAUGAUGAAUCCAUUGUACUCGGUGAAAGAGGAGUACCCCGGAUCAAGCUCCGGUGGUGGCGGCGGUGAGCCACCGCCGCCGGUAAUGACAUCACCACAGCCAAUGGAGGGGCUACACGACAUUGGUCCACCACCAUUCCUCACAAAGACAUAUGAAAUGGUGGAUGAUUCAAGCACAGAUCAUGUUGUUUCUUGGAACAGAGGUGGUCAAAGCUUUGUUGUUUGGGAUCCUCAUGCCUUCUCCACUAGUCUACUCCCCAGAUUCUUCAAACAUAACAACUUCUCUAGCUUUGUCAGACAACUAAAUACUUAUGGAUUUAGAAAGAUUGAUCCAGAUAGAUGGGAAUUUGCAAACGAGGCAUUUCUAAGGGGAAACAAACAGCUUCUAAGGAAUAUCAGGAGACGAAAAACAACUAAUUCUCAGCUUCUGCCUACAGAACAAGCUCUUGGUCCUUGUGUUGAAUCAGGAAGGUUCGGAUUUGAUGGAGAAGUUGAUCGAUUGAGGCACGACAAGCAAGUUUUAAUGAUGGAAUUAGUGAAGCUUAGACAGCAACAACAAAACACUCGAUCUUACCUUCGAUCGUUGGAGGUUAGGUUACAAGGAACACAGAGGAAGCAACAACAAAUGAUGAAUUUCUUAGCAAGAGCUAUGCAAAAUCCCGAGUUUGUCCAACAGUUGAUCCGACAAAAAGAGAAAAGAAAGGAACUAGAAGAGGCUAUAACUAAAAAAAGACGACGACCUAUUGAUCAAGGGCCUAGUACAUUGGAUGUUGGAGGAUCAAGCCGUCCCAUAAAAUCAGAACCUUUGGAAUUCGGAGAGGGUAGUGGAUUCCAAGUAUCCGAACUUGAAGCACUUGCAUUAGAAAUGCAGGGAUUUGGUAGAGCAAGAAGGGACCAACACGAAGAAGAGACGAGAGAAGGGCUCGGGCAAUUUGGCAACACGGAUAGAGAACUCGACGAGGGAUUCUGGGAAGAGCUAUUUAACGAUGAGGACGUGUCUGGAAAUGAAGAUGGCGAAGAGGAAGAUGUAAAUGUCUUGGCAGAGAGGUUGGGUUUCUUGGAUUCGAGCCCUUAGUAGAAGCCUGUAGACUAAUUUAGUUGGUGCAAUUUUUCGAAAACUCCUGGACCAUGAACAUCUAAACUAGUAAAACAGAUCAUGUAAAAUCUUGUAUGGACCUAAAUUGUUUUAUUUACUACUCUUACUAUUUAACUUAUAUCUCUUGAUUCUGUGUAGUUGGUUCUGAAGUGUUCAAUGAAGAAUGAAGAAAGCAGCUAAAUGGAUAUGACUGCCUAAUCUUUGGUAGUUUUUCUUCUGGAACCAAUAUUCCAGUCCCUUUCUGUGUAAAUUUAGGCCUUAUUAGUCAUAACAUAGUAGGAUUUUUAAUGUCAUUUCAACUUUUUGCAAUUGACAGGAUAGAUUUUUGAAGCACUCAAGAGUCAAGUCUGAAAAUUUCUUCUUGGUGUUUCUGGUUACUUUAACAUUCUGAAUUACUGGUUUCCUUCCACUGCCUUUAUUACAUCUUAACUUCUCAGUCUUGUUUUUCUCUGGAUCCAAAUGCAGGCAUAGGUUAUGCAGAUUUUGGUCAAGUCUAUUGGUCUUUGAAGGUUGUUGUAAAUUCUCACUUUGGGUGAUAUAUUGGUCAUUAAGUAAUGUUGCAAUAUUUUGUUUAUGUGGUGUUUAGAUUGCUGUCUUGAUGAUGAAGCAGCUAAAAGUAGAAAUGCCAGUUACUCCAGAAUCAAGAUUUUA